UUAGGCCCUAGCUAUAUGGGAAUGUGACGUACCACUUUUGCUUUAGGCUUUUGGUGUGCGGUUUCCUCAAUCCUACUGUACUUUGUCUCAGAAAAAUUAUCUAAAGUAUAAAAUGAAGAAGAAAAGAAGGUUUUGAGAAAUUGGAUGCUAUUGCUUAAUGGCAGAGAUAUAAUUUUAGGAGAUGAACUUGCACUCUUUGAGACAAAGUUGGUGAUUGGUCAGUGGUGCGUGAUAUGUUUUCCACACGCAUGCUCAAUAUUGGGGUUGUGAGUAGUUCUUUAGUUAGUGGAGGUAGAAAUAUGAACAAUGCUUUUUAGGAAUUCUAUGGAAGAAAGUAAUAUUAAUACAGGUGCAGAACUAUAGCCAUUCAUGUCAACAACCCUAGCCUCCUCGCCAUCAUAGCCAUAACUUUUAAUUUUUUGACCACAGGAAACAGAACUCUGCAACAGACGACAUUUGCUAUAUGAGAGUGAUAUUUUACCAUUGUAGUUACCUGGAAAGGUAGAAGAGCGAGUACUUGUUUCAGAUGGUUGGAACCCAGCUAACUGAUUUGAGAUUUUAGAUAAGCUGUUGAGUUGAAAGUCUGGACAAUGAUCAUAAAGCAGUAGCAUCACAUACUCGGUGCUUGCUGCAACUGAGAACCAGCAGCUGAUGCCUUGCAAUUGAAGGUUGUGCUGAAAGCCUGAAACAACAUACAGAUUGCAGACUCAGCCUGAAGGAACUGAUGGGCCCUUGAGUUUCGUAUGUAUCUUCAUGUUCUCAGUAAUGAAAGGCCCAUGACAUUACUUAUAUGGGCCCCUGGUUUUAUUCGACCUUGUUUGUAUAAACUCUUGUCUCUUGGCAUGACUUGGCCAUUUGUUAUGUAACUCGUCGAUGGGCGGGCCCAAUAAUACCAUACUCAGGCCCAAUAUUAAAAAUAAUGCAAGCCUGGAACAGAUUCCCGGCGCCAUCUGGCAUCUUUGUUCGCGCGAAGGUCGCAGACUCGCAAUCCUAAAAACGAGUACGACAAACAGGGCCAAAAACAAGAAAACGAAAAGACUGCAAUGCUAACAAAGAUAUUUUUGACAAAGAAACGAAAGGCCAUGAAGUGUGUACGAAUGGCCUUAAAACUCCAGCGAAAUGAAUUCCCUGUACUACGGUGCAUCCGGGCACUUAUAAUUGAAAGCUUGAAGCCAUGUCUGCUUCGCUCCUGAAUACGGCUUCACCACUUCGCAGCCUGCCUACCUGCCGUCGCCGUACUACUCUUACACCUACGAUUUCCGUCAGAGCCUCCUCGGAGUCUUCAGAAACUACUUCUACAACCGUCAAGCAAGACCCGCAAUCAUCAUCAGCAAGCCGGACAUUCAUUGCCCCACCCAAUUUCAAGCCUCCUGAGCCGAAGACUUUCGCGGUCCGACCCGACAAGGGUGGAGAAAUCCUUGGGGCUUCUCUUGCCCUAUUUUUCAGGCUGGGGACUGGGGUUUUUGCUUCUGGGUAUUCUGUAUCAUUUGUUCCAAAGAAUGAGUUUCCACCUGGCCAAUAUGCUCUGGAGGUAGCAGGUUUUAAGGUGAAAGAGACCUCAAAAAUAGGCCCUCGUCCCGAAAAGCCUAUUGAGAUAUAUGAGUUUGAAAGCUGCCCUUUUUGCCGAAAGGUUAGGGAAAUUGUUGCCAUUUUGGAUCUUGAUGUUCUUUAUUAUCCUUGCCCUAGAAAUGGCCCAAAUUUUCGCCCCAAGGUUGCUCAGCUGGGUGGAAAGCAGCAGUUCCCGUACAUGGUUGAUCCUAACACCGGAGCUGCAAUGUAUGAAUCAGAUGCCAUAAUUAAGUAUUUAGUUGAAAAAUACGGUGAUGGAAAGGUUCCUUUCAUGUUGUCACUUGGUUUAUUAACGACUUUGACUGCGGGUUUUGCUAUGCUUGGUCGUAUGGGAAAGGGUAGUACAUAUGUAACAUCAAAACUUCCACCUCAACCAAUUAAUAUAUGGGCAUAUGAGGGAUCCCCAUUCUGCAAAAUCGUUCGUGAAAUGCUUGUGGAGUUGGAAUUACCACACAUUCUUUGCAAUUGUGCACGGGGAAGCCCAAAACGACAGAUAUUGUUUGAGAAAACUGGACUUUUUCAGGUACCGUAUAUAGACGAUCCAAAUACUGGGGUGCAAAUGUUUGAAAGCGCUGAAAUUGUGGAGUACCUAAGAGCAACUUAUGCUCUUCAAUAAACUGACCAUUCCUUGUUCUCCUCGGUGCAUGUCUUCUCUCCCUAUUAGUUCUCUAAAACUAUGUACACUUGUUUCAUAAUACAAAAGUAAUAACUCAAAUGUAUUAUAUUUAUCUAAAUGUUGUUUUCCCGCAUAAGUGCAUGCUGUAGCUCCUAAUUGUGGACCUGUGGUACACAAGUGGGUUGGGUACUUGUCUACUUGAUACGGUGGUAAUGAAGCAAAAUAUACAAGAAUAGCAGAAACCA